GGCUGUCAAAACUUCAAAACAAGUCAGAAACAACAAAAUUUGUUCUGAAUUAGUGUAGUCCGGAUUAUUUGUUUACAAUUUUCGUGUUAGCUUGCGUCGGAAAAUCUAUUGAUUUUUUCAGGAAUUUCCAUUAUUUAGCAACACAAAAUGCUGUGCAGGCAGGUCCGUCCUGACACCAGCGGGGGCAUUGAGCAGAUCUACAUUAUCAAGUCGGAAAAUGGCGAGCAAACGGGCAGUAAAAACGAAGGGGAUAUUCCGUCCGCGUUAGCGAUGGAACCGGAAGAUGUGGACGUUAAGGAGGAGCCUCCCAGUGACGAUGAGCAGCAAUUGCCGGAUGGUGUUCCGGCGUCCGAUGUACCCGAUUUCAGUAUGUUGGAUGUGAUUAUCAAAGAAGAUCCCGAUGAACUGGAUGGAAGUGGUAAAAUUAAGUCGGAAGUUAAACCAAGCACGAGCAGGAAGCGAACCAAAACUGUGGCAAGACCGGUGAGAAAGUGUGUAAAGAAAGGUAAGGCAAAAAAGGAAGAAGGUGAGGUUGAUUCGGAUGGCAGCGAUUACAAACCGGGAGGUUCCACUUCAGAUGAUUCUGAAAGUGAGGAAGAUUCGGAGGAGACACAUGUAAAAGCGAGGAAAUCCAAACGAACCGACGAUUCAUCUGAUAGUUCCGGUGUUGACGAUCCAUAUGUUCCUUCAAAAAGGAACAACAAGAAAAGCGAUGACGAUUCUUCAGAUAGCUCCGGGGUGUAUGAUCCGGAGCCGGUCAGCAAAAAACAGGACAAAAAGAAAAAGAUCUACAAUAAACGGAAGAAAUAUCCGGAGGAUCCGCCUAUACGACAGAAUGUAAUCAAGCGGUUUGCCUGCCACUACUGUCCAACGAAAUUCGCCACAAUGUACAAUAAGGAACGGCACGAAAAGAUGCAUGAGGCAAGUAUGCCACCCGAGAAGCGUAUCCAAAGGAAGCAGAACUUCUGCUAUGUUUGUAAGAGGGAGCAUUUGACCAAGGACGAGCUUAACGAUCACCUGUGCAAUCAUGCUGACAUGCUUCCGUUCACGUGUCAACUGUGCAACGAUCCAAACAGCAUGAAUUCAGUGCGAGUAAUGAAUAGACACAUGCAGCUUCACGAGGAAAUGGAAGGGGUGUUUAUUCAGUGUCGAUUCUGUGCUGCCCGAUUCCACUCCCAUGCCGGUUGUCGGGAGCACGAAAAAGGACACGUUAAGGAUGAAGACUUGGAGGAGGCCAAAGCUCGGGCCGAGAUCGAGAGCAAGCGGUUGAACGUCACGAUCGUCAUCAAGGACGGAUUGAAGCGCUAUCAGUGCGAUUAUUGCGUUAGAAAUUAUUCCUUGCUGGCGUCCCUCCGGAGGCACGUCAAUGAACAUACCAUGGAGAAAACAUUUGUUUGCAAAACGUGCGGAAAGGCGUUCGCCAAGUGUGCGGCUUUGACGAUGCACGAGAAGAAUCAUUCGGAUUUUGCCCCGUACAGAUGCGAAACGUGCGACAAGUCUUUCAAGGACGUGGUGCGUUUAAUUCAGCACAGACAUGUUCAUACCGGUACAAAACCCUGCGUUUGUCACUGCGGAUUGUCGUUCAUCAAGAAAAGCGGCCUGAACAAACAUCAACGAAAGUGCGCUAUACCGAAAGAUCUGGGAGCGUGUACGUGCCGCUUCUGCCAAGGAUCGUACCCGUCCUACCUGGAGUUGAUGAAGCACGUACAGGAGACACACUCGGCGGAUAUGGAGGAAGCGAUCAUGUGUCAGCAUUGUCCGAAAAUGUUCAAAGAUGCCGCUCAGCUGGUAGACCACGAGAUCCGCCAUCAGCUGCCGACUGCCAUCAAGUGUACGCAGUGCAGUCGCAUAUUCAACAACGCCUACAACUUGGAGCAGCACAUGCAGACUCACGUCGAAUCAUUCGUGUGCGACGUUUGCGGGAAAACAUUUCCUCAUAAUGUCAACCUGCGCAUCCACAGAAGGCUUCACAGCGAUAGGCGACCGCACGCGUGUGAUCUGUGUCCGGCGGCGUACGUAUGCCUGGCCACGAUGAGAAAGCACCGAUUGUCGCAUUUCAAUCCCAGAAGUAAAAAUCACAUCCCGACACUUGUAAAAGAAACAGAGAAUGACGAUGCGGACGAAGAGGAUGAUGAAUCGAUUGGACUCAACGAGGAAGACCAAGACGAUGAAUCGAUUGGGUUGGAUGGAAUCGAAGUCGAUGAUGACGAGGACGACGAGGAUGGAGGCAAAGAUGCGGAGGCACCAUCCCAGCCGGUGGUGGAAAUAGAUGAAGCUAUGUAAAGAAUGCUGCUAUAUAAAGCAGGGCUGUCUGUAUUGAAGUACUCAUUGGUGAACAUUAAGGGCAAAACGACGUUUGAGUUUAGUGAUUGUCGCGUUUUCAAAGUUUACAAAAGAAAUUGUAUAAAUAUGUGCACUUAUUUUAAAUUGGAAUAUAAUAUCUUGAUCUUGAAAUUUUGAGACAUGCGCUGUAUUCAACAGGUUUGUUUCAACUGAUGUAAUGGACUGAUGAUUGUUUCUGGUAUUCCCAUCGGCUGACCAACAUACUUUGUAUAAAGUGUAAAAUCGAUUCAACAAAAUUUUAGAUUGAAAUCAUAAAAAUAAUCCAUAAAAAGCAAAUGAUUUCUAACUUACAUUACUUUGUAUAUCCUAUUAGAAUGAAUAAGGGAAGCCAUCUAUGAAUAUAAACAUAUGGCUUUCUAUUAAAAAUUUUAAACCAAAAACUAAAGAACACUUCUUGCUGGUUCGAUUGGAAUCGCUGAUUAGACACCGACACCAUAAUUCACUGUGGCUUUAAUAUCCACUCUAAUCGCUAUGUGAUGAAUGCUGUGAAACACAAAAGCAAUGUCCGAUACUGCUGAUUUUGACGAAUGAAGGCAAGCGAUAAAGGCAGCAUUUGUAUCUUGUGUUCAUCCAAUCAAAUACAUUCCACAUAAAGUUUCGAAAUGGCUAUAGGACUACCCGAUUUAGUAAAUUAGCUUUCAUUGAAAUUUAUUUGUAUUCCAUAAAUGUGUAUCAAUGAGUAUCUCAAUACUCCCAGUUCUGUGUGUACUAAUCAAUUUUAAUAUAUUUAAUCGCAAUUGAUAUACCAUACUUAUAUAAAAAUAGUACUAUAUACUAAAUACGGAAUAUAUGAUUUUUUUUCUG